AUUUAUAUUCUCCAUCUCCAAUUCCAAUAUUCCAUCGUCGUCUCUUUUUUAAUAACACAAUCAAAAUUGAUCAUCGUUUCCGUCUCACCCCCCUUGUAUACAUAUAUACAUAUAAUACAGAUUCCGUAGUGAUUGAAGGAGACGGAAGUUGAUCACUGCAUCUCCACACACAUUAUCAUCAUUAUUUCAAGAUAUUGAAUUGAUGAUGUGUAGAGAUGCGUGAGUAUACAUAUAGAUAUAGAUAUAUAGAUAGAUAGAUACAGACGAUGAUAUUACUUCAGUCUCAGUCUAGAUAUCUCCUACAGAUCUUAACUAACCGCCUUCACAAUAUCGAGAAAGGAGUUGAGUUGGACUGCCAUUGGGUUGAAUUUGAUGACAUUCGGUAUCAUAUUCAGGCAUCAAUAAAGAAUCCACAUCUUCUGCAUCUAUCAGUAUCACUCCCGACUCCACCUCCAGAAACUGCCUUCUCAAACGGACUUCCACUUGGCGCCAUUGAGGCUAUAAAAGCGGCUUAUGGGACAGUUGUUCAUAUUCUUGAUCCUCCAAGAGAUGGUUUUAAUCUCACAGUUAAACUUAACUUGUCCAAACUUCCUCCAAAUGAAGAGAAUAGACAAGCGCUUUUGGUUAAAAUUGCAUCUGUGAGGGAGGUGGUAAUGGGUGCUCCAUUACGAGUAAUUUUGAAGCGCCUAGCAUCCAGGUCUGUGCCUUCCAGUGCUGGAGUUCUUGUCCCCCUUGUGCACCGACCAAAUGAAUCAUUCUUUCUUCUUCCACAGGUAGAAAAGGCGACUGUUGUGUUUCCUAUGAGAUUUAAUGAUUCCGUUGAUACCGUACUUGCAACAUCAUUUCUACAGGAGUUUGUGGAAGCAAGGCGUAGUGCUGGACUUAAUAAUGCCCCUGCUUGUUUGUGGUCUUCUUCUCCCCCUAGUGAACUGAAGGACGCUCCUCAACAAGCAUUGUCUGCAAAUGCUGGUUUUGUUUCAUUUGUUAUCUCCCCACGCCAUGUAGAAGGAAAAAAACUGGACAAAACCGUUUGGAAUUUAUCAACCUUCCAUGCAUAUGUGAACUAUCAUGUGAAGUGUUCAGAAGGCUUCAUGCACACUCGUAUGAGACGUCGAGUAGAAUCAUUAAUCCAGGCCCUUGAUCGUGCCAAGCCAGAUGAAAAUGCAUCUAUAGCAGCCCAAAGCAAAUCCUUUAAAAGACUGAGCAUUGAAGACACACGGGGAAAUUCACAUUCGUAAUGCGGGGUUCACUAGGAUAGAAGUGCUAGCUGUUGCAUUAUUUGUGUUGCAUUUUGCAUCUGCAGUUGUGCUUAUCCAAAAUUUGAUUCGUGCAGGCAAACAUACUUUUCUUUUUCUCAUUCGGAGUAUAUUCUUUGCUCAAGGUUGAAAGUGAUGCAUGAAUACUUUUAACCCAAUCUUUGUAAACGCCUUUUGUCUUCCGUAAUUUUUCAGUAUUAUUUUUUUUACCAAAAAUUAUACCAAUGCCAAUAACUAUCAGAAAAAAAAAAAAAAAAAAAAGAAAAAAACCUUUACUGAGGCAAAAGCGAGACCAAAAUCCACAAAUCAAAGGAUUGUGUAAACUGUAAAGCGAGUGUGCAUAUAUGACCAGUCGAGUCCUUUUCGUUAUCACUAGAUAACUGAUGAAAUGUGAUGAUGAUGUAUGUGCACAUGUUAAGAUUUUAUGAUGACAAAUGGAAGUUUCCAAAUAUGAUAAUUGGUUGAAUUUGUACAAAUAUCAUCAUUAUUCAUUAUAUAUAAUGUGCAGACAUGGUUAUCAA